AUGCCACCUACAGAUAAACUCCAGAGCAAGCUGAUUGUUGUAAUCGGCGGUACGGCCGGUAUCGGUUUUGGUGUUGCCAAAGCCUGUGUUGAGCAUGGUGCAAAUGUCGUCGUCGCCGGUCGAUCUCAGCAAAAGGUUGAUGGAGCCAGUGAAAGACUAAAGCCAGCUGCCGACGAUUUAUCAAAGGUUAGAGGGCAUGUUUGCGACUUGUCUGGACCCGAUGUCGAAGCGAAUGUCCGAAAACUAUUUGACUUUGCCACGGAUAAUGGCCAGGUCAAAGUACACCACGUCGUCAGCACAGCUGGGUAUAUGGAAUCGCCGCUGGCUUUGAAAGACACGACAGUCAAGGAUAUCCUCAAUCUCUGUCAAGGCCGUAUAGUUGGGGACGUUAUUAUCGCCAAAGUUUGUUUAAAAUACCUUGAACCAUCAUACACAUCGUCGUACACCUUGACUGGCGGCCUCGUCGCCUAUAAACCCCUCCCCGGCUACAGCGUACGCGAUGGUCUCAGCGGAGCAAAGGACGCCUUGGUUCGGAGUCUGGCCUUGGAAAUGAAGCCGAUGCGAGUCAAUCUAAUUAACCCCGGAGCCAUACAAACAGACAUGCUUGAUCAGUUGGCUGAGAAAUGGGGCGAAGGAGCGGUGCAACAGCUUGCCGACAGGGCGGUUUUGGGACGGAUAGGACAGCCAGAAGAUGUGGCCGAGGCAUAUCUGGGUAUGAUGAAGAGUUAUUUUACCACUGGAUCUAUUGCCAUUGUUGACGGCGGGACCCUGAUUCAGUGA